AUGGCGAAAUCUCAGUUGAAGAAUUUGAAGGCGACGCUAAAGGCUCACGGGCUAACUGGACAGACCAAUGUCACGAAGAAGAAAAACGGUGGGAAGAGACGGUCUGCAAAGGACUACGACAGGGAGGAGAAGGCAAAUACUCUGGCGAAAAUCAGGGAGCAGUUCAACCCGUUUGAGGUCAAGACCGCGAAGGAUAAGUUGAAAGGUAUCAGUGCCAAUGUGAGGACGACGGCCGUCGGGAAACCCGGGAUAUCCAAGCAGAUUGGUGAAGACAGGCGGAGGAUGGCGUAUGAAGCGAGAAAGCAAGUACAAGGUAGGACAGGUGCGCUGGUCGAUCGGAGAUUCGGGGAGAGAGACAACCAGUUGACGGAAGAGGAGAAGAUGCUCGAAAGAUUCACACGUGAAAGGCAGCGCCAGUCGAAGAAGAGAUCGAAUCUGUACAAUCUGGAUGCAGACGAUGAUGAUGACGACAUGGGGGCGUUUGGUACCACACUGACACAUUUGGGUAACGACGUGGCGGACAAUUUCGACGAAAAUAAUAGCGACCCUGAUGAUUCAGGAUUCAGACCUGCAAAGAGGCCGUAUGGUUACGAUGAUGACACACUGGGGGGAGCAACUACAGGUGAACAACCAGCCAGAAAGAAAACGAAGGCUGAGGUCAUGAAGGAGGUGAUAGCAAAAUCCAAGUUCUACAAACACGAAAGACAGAAGGCCCAAGGUGAAUUAGAAACUCAGAUCGAUACAUUGGAUGAUAAUUAUGAUGAUAUCAUGUCUGAAUUGAUGGCCUCGGAAUUGAAGUCUGAUAAAAAACCUGAUGACUCUGUUAUACAAAAGGAUGUUAAUGAAAUAGACUACGAUAAAAAGGUCAAAGAACUCCUAUUGGAGAAGAGGGCCGUGCCAUCCGACAGAACCAAAACAGAAAAGGAAUUGAAAGAGGAGGCUGAGAGUAGAAUGAAGAAGUUGGAGCAACAGAGACUGGACCGUAUGAGCGGAAUGCUUGAUCAAUCUGACGAAGAAGAGCAAAAAGGUGUCGAAGACCUGGAUGCCGGAUUUUGGGACAACUCCGAUGAGGAAGAUGUAGAUGAAGCUAUUGCGAACUCCGACGAUGAUGUCGAGUUUGACGACAAAGAUGCUACCGAAAGUACAAUGAAAGGACCCGUUACUUGCCCUCUGACUCACGCCGAUUUACUUGCAAUGCUUAAGGAUGCACCGCUAGUAGACCAUCCCAAACACAUCAGAGCUAUUGUGAAGAGCACUCAACCAAAAUUGGCGGAGGGUAAUAAGGAGCGUUUAGGGACAUUCACAGGUGUUCUUUUGAAGCAUAUCUUAUUUUUGUCUGACCAAAACUACACAUCCAAUGUCCAAGCAUACGAGGCAACUCAGAAUACUUUAGUUAGUAUAUUGAAAACACUCUCUGAAAAGUACAACCGCGCGCUUUCUGAUGAAUGCAGAAGAACAAUAAACGAAAUUCAAAAACGAUUCAAAGUGAGCAAAUUCAACGGUAUUCAAAAUUCCGAUCUGGCGUUCUUCAUCCUCGUUGGUAUGCUCUUCUCAACUUCAGAUUUGUACCAUUUGGUUGUUACACCAUGUCUGAUCUUGAUGUCAGAAAUUUUGGAGCAAACAAGGUUCAAUACGAUAGAAAGAUUGGCGUAUGGUUGUGUGAUAACGAACAUUUUGCUAAAGUAUGAAAGACUCUCGAAAAGAUAUGUCCCUGAAAUGGCAUACUUUUUGCAGAAAGCCUUGUAUACAUUGUUAGGAUCGUCCACUAGCUCCCCUUGUAUCAGAGUGGACUCAAACUCGAUAUCAAUUGAUAAAGAUACCAAAUUUGAUAAAUCCCAAGGCAUAACCAUUAAGCUGCAUCUGAUUUCCACGCUCAAUAAGAGCAACUCAAACGAGUUCUCGGCUACAGUCCUUUUGAACCUAUUUGAGGUCCUGAGUAGAUCCAUUACUACCAUGUGGAAAUCGGAACCUGCUUUCAAGGAACUAUCCACCUCGUUCAAGAAAAUUCUACAAACAUACGUGUCUAAAUUCGACACAUUAGUACAGGCAAAGGAGCUCUUGAAUACAUUGGAAAAGUUGGAUAAGUUUGCCGAACACAUACCUUUAGCAUUACAAGAUCAUAAACCAAUGGUCAUUCCAUCGCAUGCACCAAAGUUCGAAGAGAACUUCAACCCAGAUAAGAAAUCUUAUGAUCCAGACAGAUCCAGAAGCGAAAUAAGUAAGAUGAAGGCUCAACUGAAGAAAGAACGUAAGUUCAUGAUGAAGGAAUUGCGUAAGGAUACUAAGUUUGAGGCUAGACAACAUGUCGAAGAGAAGAAGAAGGCGAACCAAGAAUACCACGCCAAGAUGUCCAAUAUUUAUAAUACAAUUGCUACCGAAGAGGGUGCAGAGAAGAAUAAAUAUGAGAGGGAGAAAAAACUGCGCAGCGGUAAAAAAUGA